AGCUUGCCAGUGUCGUUCGUUAGUAAACCCCAGAACCCGCCUCCUGCAUCCGUCUUCCCCUCAGCCUCGCCGCCGCCGCCGCCUCCCGCGCGCCUCCUCCCGCCAUGGCGAAGUCAUCGUCGGCGACUGCGGCAGCGGCACGCAGUAGCAAGCGGAAGUCCAGGACCGGGACUCUAACCCUAGAAGAGGUGAAGUCGCUGGGCCGCGAGCUCCUCUCCUCGCGCGCCCACCUCAACCACGCCCCCGCCCUCCUCGCGCUCCUCUCCGCAUCCGCGCCGCUCGACCUCGCUGUGGAGGCGCUCAUCUCGCUCCAGUCCUUCUUCGUUCCCCUCCUCCCCUCCAUCCCCUCCACCUCCGCCGCUGCAGCCGCUGCUGUAGAUGCGAGCAGCGACCCCGAGCUCGUGUUCAGGUCCUGGCUGCGGCAGCGGUUCGACGAGCUCGUUGCCGCGCUCGUCGAGCUCAGCGUGUCGCCGCAAAGUGAUGACGCAAUCAGGGAUGUAGCACUGGAUGCUCUUAUGGAUUUCGUGAAGCUGGGAAAGGACGGGAAGUUCCAGUCGGCAAUUUACCACAAGUUUCUCCACGCUGUCGUUCAUGCUGCUGAUUCCACUGAUCCUUUGUUAGAGUUGCUUGGGUCGAAGUACUUCAAAUACACUGAUGUUUGUUACUUUACUUAUACUAGCUUGGAUAAGAUCGCCAACAGUCUGGGCAGUAAACCCACUGGCUCUGGAAAAGGUGCCUUGCAGAAUGGGGGUGAUGCGUCAGAAAACAGUGGUGUUAUUUUUACACACAACAUAUACAAUGUUUUGGCGCAUCUUCCUGUGAUAGAUUUUCAAAAGGAAUCAGAAUUUGAUAUGUGGAGUACUGUUGGCCUAUCUUCGAAAGGAGAAAAGGACUCCUUGAAGGACUCCUUUGCUGCUUGCAUUAAGAAAAAGCUAAAAUUGAAGUUCACCAAAGCAUGGCUAUCCUUUCUCAAGUUACCACUCCCACUUGAUGUGUACAAGGAGGUCCUUGCUUCAAUUCAUCAAAAUGUAAUUCCUUCAAUGUCAAACCCUGCCAUCUUAUGUGAUUUCUUGACUAGAUCAUAUGACAUUGGUGGUGUUAUCAGUGUCAUGGCCUUAAGUGGUCUGUUCAUUCUCAUGACACAACAUGGUCUGGAAUAUCCAAAAUUCUAUGAAAAGCUCUAUGCACUACUGACUCCUGCUGUUUUCAUGGCAAAACAUCGGUCAGUGUUCUUGCAACUUCUAGACACAUGCCUGAAAUCCUCUUAUCUUCCUGCAUAUCUUGCUGCUGCGUUUGCAAAAAGAUUGAGCAGACUUGCUCUUUCAGUACCACCAGCUGGAGCUCUUAUUAUUAUUGCUUUGAUUCAUAAUCUUCUGCGGAGGCACCCAUCAAUUAAUUUUUUGGUUCAUUGGGAAGUUGAUGAGAAUGACAGCAAUGCCACAGGAGAAGCUAGUCAACCUAAGAAGAUUGGUGCUGAUCCUUUUAACGAUGAAGAGACAGAUCCUGCAAAGUCUGGUGCAAUGCGAAGUUCUUUGUGGGAAAUAGACACGCUUCGGCUUCAUUACUCUCCUGCAGUUUCUAGAUUUGUUGCAUCACUUGAGAAUGAUCUCACUGUCCGGGCCAAAACUACUGAGAUGAAAAUAACAGACUUUAGUUCAGGCUCCUAUGCAACGGUUUUCAGGGAUGAGGUGCGGCGGCGGAUAAAACAGGUCCCCCUUGCUUUCUACAGAACCACACCAACUUCGUUAUUUCAGGGAUCAGAUUUUCCUGGAUGGACUUUUGGGGACCAAUCUAAUGACACUGUAGAAACUAUUGCCGAAGGCAAUGAAGCAAUCGAGAGGGCAGAGGCUAGUGACAGCACACCUUCCAAAAGGUUGCGGGUGGAGACCUGUAUGAUUUGUGGAUUGGGGUUGUCAAGGUAUCUUGUCCGUCCGAAUGUUGAAGCUCCAUAUCCUCAGUCCUGUGGACUCAACAUGAAGUUCAUGCUCCAUAUUUUGGCCAUUUUCUGUUGUCUGUGUUCCUGUGCACUCGGCAAGAAUAUUUCUGUGACACCCAAUGUUGUGAAUAUUGGAGCUAUUUUGACAUUCAAUUCGACAAUUGGGAGAGCUUCCAAGGUUGCCAUUUCUGCUGCAGUCAAUGACAUCAACAAUGAUUCAAGUAUUCUUCCGGGCACAAAGCUGGUUGUCCAGAUGCAAGAUUCCAAUUGCAGUGGCUUCAUUGGCAUUAUUCAAGCCUUGCAAUUCAUGGAGAAAGAUACAGUUGCAAUCAUCGGCCCACAAUCUUCAGUCACUGCGCACGUUGUUUCCCAUGUUGCAAAUGAACUCCAAGUACCUUUGAUGUCCUUUGCUGCAACUGAUCCGACUCUCACAUCACUUCAGUAUCCUUUUUUUGUGCGUACCACCCACAGUGAUCAAUUCCAAAUGGCUGCGGUUGCUGACUUAGUGGAUUAUUAUGGGUGGAAGCUAGUGACAGCAAUAUUUAUUGAUGACGAUUAUGGAAGAAAUGGCAUAUCCUCCUUAGGUGAUGAGCUUGCCAAGAGGAGAUUGAAGAUCCUGUACAAAGCUGCAAUUAAGCUAGGAGCAAAGAAGAGUGAAAUGGCUGCUGUACUGGUCAAGGCUGCGAUGAUGGAGUCCCGGGUCCUCAUACUGCAUGCAAAUGCUGACUCUGGACUUGCGGUGUUCUCAUUAGCGCACAAUCUUGGCAUGACAUCUGGUGGAUAUGUGUGGAUUGCAACAGACUGUCUCAGUUCAUAUCUUGAUUCAUCACUUCAUCUUGACACUGGAUUACUGAGCACGAUGCAGGGUGUUUUGACAUUGCGUCAGCACACAGAAAAUACCAGAAGGAAGAACAGGCUAACUUCACAAUGGAGUGCACUGGUGAAGGGGGAUAGUGGUGGCAGCAGGUUCUUGCUUAAUUCCCAUGGCCUUUAUGCUUAUGAUACUGUCUGGAUGAUUGCUCAUGCGUUGGAUGCAUUUUUCAAUAGUGGCGGAAACAUUUCCUUCUCUCUUGACCUCAAACUGCAUGAAGUUGCAGGAGGACCUUUGAAUUUGGAAGCAAUGAGCGUCUUUGAUGGGGGAAGGCUAUUACUAGAAAGAAUCCGCAAAGUAAAUUUCACGGGUGCAACUGGCCCUGUAAAAUUUGAUUUACAUGGUAAUCUUAUCCAGCCUGCAUAUGACAUUGUAAACAUAGUAGGGUCUGGUUUGCGGACAAUUGGUUAUUGGUCCAACUAUUCUGGGCUGUCCAUUGUGUCUCCUGAGACCCUUUACAAGAAACCAUUGAAUCGCACUAUUGAAAAUCAGAAACUCUACACUGCAAUCUGGCCAGGUGAGACUACAACGAGACCUCGGGGAUGGGUAUUCCCUAACAAUGGAAAUGAGCUGAGAAUUGGAGUUCCCAACAGGGUAAGUUACCGUCAAUUUGUAUCAGUUGACGCUCAAACUGGAAUGGUGAGUGGAUUCUGUAUUGAUGUGUUUGUUGCUGCAAUAAACCUGUUACAAUAUCCAGUUCCAUAUAAGCUUAUUCCUUUUGGCACUGGCCGUGAGAAUCCAAGCUAUGCACAGCUUAUCAAUGAAAUUCUGACAGAUGAAUUCGAUGCUGUUGUUGGCGAUGUAACUAUUGUCACCAAUCGGACAAAGGUUGUUGAUUUCACUCAACCAUACGUCGAGUCUGGGCUUGUAAUACUUACCGCUGUUAAGAGGCAGAGCUCGAAUGGAUGGGCUUUCCUGCAGCCAUUUUCCAUCAGGAUGUGGUGCGUGACAGGACUGUUCUUUGUUAUCAUAGGAACGGUGGUUUGGUUGCUCGAGCACAGAAUCAAUGAUGAAUUCCGCGGUCCUCCAGUGAAACAGGUUAUUACUGUUUUCUGGUUCAGUUUCUCAACUCUGUUCUUUGCCCAAAGAGAGGACACCAGGAGCACGCUCGGCCGCUUCGUGAUCAUAAUCUGGCUCUUCGUAGUCCUGAUCAUCCAGUCGAGCUACACUGCCAGCCUGACCUCCAUACUCACCGUGCAGCAACUCACGUCUCCGAUUACGGGCAUUGACGGCUUGAUCGCCAGUGAAGAGCCUAUCGGGUUUCAGGUCGGCUCCUUCGCGGAGAGCUACCUCGUGCACGAGCUCGGCGUUGCCCCGUCAAGGCUUAAGGCGCUCGGUUCUCCGGACGAGUACAAAACAGCACUUGAGCUCGGCCCUCACAAAGGAGGCGUCACGGCCAUCGUCGACGAGCGUCCGUACAUCGAGCUCUUCUUGUUUCAGCACGACAGGUUUGCGAUCGUGGGAUCCGAGUUCACCAAAAGCGGCUGGGGUUUCGCGUUCCCGCGGGACUCUCCGCUGGCCGUGGACCUGUCGACGGCGAUCCUGACGCUGUCGGAGAACGGUGACCUCCAGAGGAUCCACGACAAGUGGCUGUCGAGCGGGCCCGUGUCGUCGCAAGGAAGCGACCUGGAGUCGGACCGGCUGCAGGUGCACAGCUUCGAGGCGCUGUUCCUCAUCUGCGGCGUGGCGUGCCUCCUCGCGCUCGCCAUCCACGCCUGCGUCCUUGUCCGUCAGUACUCCCGCCACGUCGCCUCGGAGCAGGCCGCGCUCUCCACAGGUGGUUCGCGCUCCCACCGCAGCAGCCUCCAGUCGUUCAUGUCCUUCGCCGACCGCCGGGAAACGGAGUUCCGGAAGAGCUCCAACGAUCCGGCGGCACUGGCAGGAGGGUCCAGUGGCCGUGGCAGCUUCACGUCAAGCAAUAGCGCCAGCACCAGCAUUUCUUCGAGGUAGCAACGCCGGCCCCUCGCAGGCUCGCUUCCAGGUUUCGGCGUACGCCGGACACCCCAGCUAGCGCAUGUACGCACGCUUAGGCCGUAGAGGCGUAGGUAGAUCGUCGUAGCGGCGGUAAUUUACUUGGACGCACGGGUCCAGGGUGUAGUGAAUUUGGAGCUCCGUGUGCUGCGGAAGUUUGGGGAUUAAUGUCGGGAUCCUAGGCAUGUGACUAACAAAUCUACAUGAAUUUAUAAUCAUACACGGUAACACCGAUA